AUGUGCGUGUGUGUGCUUGUGCGUGUGCUGAUAGACUGCAGAACAGCCUCUGUGUCGGCGUUCGGGACAAUCACGAGAAUCCUUCCACUUCUGCGGGGCCUGUGUUGUGUGUCACGGUCCCCGUGGGAUGAACGGGAGCUGUCUGUCUGUGUCUGUGUCUCUUUAAGUGGCAGUACACAGCAGGUGCUCCAUAAAUGCUUAUGGAAUGAAGAAGUGAAUGUAUGGAAACUGGGCUGGAGCAGGUAUCUGAGGACCUGGUCCCGCAUCAUGCUUUCUCCAGCUGUCUGUCUGUCUGUCCAUGCCCUCCAGCCUGUGGUCCCCGCUCAUCCCAGCGCAGGGCCGGGCUCUGAGGGGCUCACGGAAUCACUGGUGCGCGAGGCAAUGAGCGAACAGAGACUCUAGUCUGGAGUGCGGAGGGGAGAGAUCCCUGCAGAGGAAACGCCCCGGGGCCUGCCCUCUGACCCGGGUCCGAGGUGGUGUCUGUGCUGAGCUCUGGGAGUGGGGGCAGGGCAUGGGCUUUGGGGCCAGGCCCAAUCCCGACCUCAGGGAAGUGGCCUCCCCUCACAGGGCCUCAGGGUGCCUCUCUGUAAAAUGGGGAUCCCCAUCCCACUGACUGUCCCAGUCUGCAUGGCCCAUUGUAGAUGCUAGGUGGAUGUUUGUUGAAUGACUGAAUGACCAAAUGUAGGUCGUGAGUAAUGACUACAUGCCAUAGGCAGCAGAGUUCUGUAGCUCAUCCUCGACUCCAGUCACAUCAGCACCUGGUUUCUCCCGGGUGGACCUGGUGACCCGUUUUCCUUUGGUUGAAUCCAGAGGUGUUCCUGGGAGAUGGCGGAGCAGCAUGGAACUCCGGAGCAGGCUGCGGCUGCCAAGGGCCAUGGAGGCCUUGGGGGCACCUACAAGGUGAUCGUGUAUGAAAUGGAGAACUUCCAGGGCAAGCGGUGCGAGCUCUCGGCCGAGUGCCCCAACCUGACGGACAGCCUGCUGGAGAAGGUGGGCUCCAUCCAAGUGGAGUCGGGGCCGUGGCUGGCGUUCGAGUGCAGGGCCUUCCGCGGAGAGCAGUUUGUCCUGGAGAAGGGGGACUACCCUCGCUGGGACGCCUGGUCCAACAGCCACCACAGCGACAGCCUCCUGUCCCUCCGGCCCCUGCACAUCGAUGGUCCGGAUCACAAGCUGCAUCUGUUUGAAAACCCAGCUUUCAGCGGCCGCAAGAUGGAGAUAGUUGAUGACGACGUGCCCAGCCUCUGGGCCCACGGCUUCCAGGACCGCGUAGCGAGCAUCCGGGCCAUCAACGGGACGUGGGUUGGCUACGAGUUCCCCGGCUACCGUGGGCGCCAGUACGUGUUCGAGCGGGGCGAGUACCGCCACUGGAACGAGUGGGACGCCAACCAGCCGCAGCUCCAGUCCGUGCGCCGCAUCCGCGACCAGAAGUGGCACAAGCGGGGCUGCUUCCUCAGCAGCUGAAGGGCACCCAGGCCCCAGUGGCCCCGGCCCGCCCCUGGGGGCAGCAAGGGCAAGAAGAAGAGGCUCCAGGGCCGGGGGGAGGGCCUGCCUGUCCACCCUUCCCCGGAAU